AUUAAGUAAAAAACCUGUCUUUACAACGUUUACUUGUAGUGGAGUAGUAUUUGACCAGUAGUAUCUUGAAAAUCUCUUUUUCACACUUGAAACCACAGAUAACAACAUCAACAACAUGAAGGUGACAAGAUGUUUAAAGCUGGUUUCCACCUUCUACAGCUUCCUAACUUUGGGUGGGGGUGCGACUGCAGGAUUCGGUAUAUGGUCACAAAUAACCAAAAAACCAUCUGAAGUGUUAAAAACCGUUGAUGGUACUACAUUCACCAAGAUCCUGUCCAUGGGUGCCCCACUGCUGAUUGCUGUGGGCUGCAUCUUCGCUCUGAUGGGUUUGAUUGGCUUUUGUGGCACUUUGAAGAAAAAAAGCUGGAUGCUCUUGGUCUUCUUCCUCGUUGUGCUUAUCAUCUUCAUCCUCCAGGUCAUGGCAGCAGUUUUUAUCCUCCUUCCAAAUUCUGUGAAGGAAAAUGCAUUGAGCAGCUUAGAGGUCAAAUUCGUUGAAAGUCUUAAGACGAAAUAUGGCCAGGAGCAAUCAAUCACUGACAUAUGGAAUAAUACUAUGACCAAGCUGAAAUGCUGUGGAUACAAAGGCUAUGAUGACUUCACAAGUUCAGCUUUUGUGAAGAAAACAUCAAACUAUCCCACACAAUGCUGCAGUAAUGAUCCAAAUCCAAUAUGUGGAAAAGACAAAGCUAAGGGAGAGAACAUGAGGGGCUGCAUUCAUGUGCUGUUUGACGAAAAUAUACCCAUAUCUGGAGCUUUGUCAUUUCUGAUCGGCAUUAUAGAGAUUGUUGCCUUAAUUGUUUCACUGAAAGUCUACCAAUGCUUGAGACGCUUGCCUGAUCUCCCAGACCCUUGUGAAAAUAAUCUGUGAUAAACGACUAUUGAUUUCUCUUUUUCUGUAUCUGUCAAAGUUCUUUGUGCUUUAUUAUUGCAUUUGACAAAAUAUUCAGAAUUUUUCUAUGAACAGUGAUGUGUGAAGACAAAGAAAGUAAAAAGCGAUGCUUUUUUUAAAUUAUUAUUAAAAUAUAUAAUUUCCUAGUAUCUAUAGAAGUUUAACACUUUCAUGUUUCAGUGUCUAACAAAAAAUAUAUAAAAAUGUGCAUAGUGGCUCCUAAUUUCAUUCAAUAAAACUUAUGCUUAUUUUUAAAUAACUUGACUUACUGUUAGAACAAUAUGAUGAUUUAAUAACAAUGGUUUAUAACCUUGAUAAUGAGGUCAUGAAACAUUUCUGUAAGUGAAUCCUGUUGUGGAAUAAUUGAAAGCUGGAAAACUGAAUUAAAACUUUUAUUACAUUUUAUUAAUCU